CCCGCCUCUCUCUGGCCGUCAUAUCUGUCUUGUGCGGGUGCCAGGGUGCCAUGGAUCAGUCAGUCAAUCACUGUCCGGCGAGUGGCUGGUGCGACUGAGUGGCGAAUUCGAUGAUGGAUCUGUUGGCGAGUAGGAUGAAGCCGAAAAGACACUUGGCCGUCACGUCCAGCACGCCGUAAAGCAGGAUCUCGAUGUCCACCGGGAUCACCUUGGUGCCCUCUGCCACGACCUGCACACCAGAGGGGUGAGGCCACCGGCGGGAGUGGGUGAUUGUGUGAUAGUGUGUGUGACUGUGUGUUGCGUCGUUAUUGUUACCCAGACGACGGGGUAGGCGCUCCACAGCACAACCUAAGAAGACACACACAGCACACAACACAGCACAGCACAACAAUUGUCUACCUGUCUGUCUGUCUGUCUGUCUGUGUGUCUGUGUGUCUGUCUGUCUGUGUGUCUGUCUGUCUGUCUACACACACACAUACCGUCAUGACAGACAGCUGGUUGAAGCGGUCGGCUACAGCGGGUGAGGUCUUGAUGGCCUUGUCCUUCAUGGAAGUCACAAGCGACUGGAUGAUGGGCAGGAACACCACCAUACCGAACACAAACAGCGGCCAGCCCUUGGUGGGCUCAUGCUAUAUGGUCGACACACACCACACACCACACCACACACCAACAGACGACAUGCAUUGCAGUCGCAUGCCUCAUAUCAUUAGCAGAGGGAGGUGUGUGGUGUGUGUGUAUGCCUGUGUUUGUACCGCGUAGAGGCCCCCGACGAGUCCCGAGAUGAUCAUGAGGACGUCCAUGAGGAUGACGUAUGUCAGCUCAUUCCAGUGGACACCCGCCAGCAGACCCAGAUCAACCAGCAGCAGCGGAGUCGUGAACGUCCAAUCCAAGUAUCGGCCCCAAUAGAAGCUGCACACACAACACAACACAGACACCACCACACUCUCUCCCAAUCCCUCACACACACACACACACACUCUCUCUCUCUCCCGCCCUGUGCUGUGGUGUAUGUGUGUGUUGUCUUGUGUCGUCUUACGAUCGUCCAUAGGGGUCAGCAGAGACCCCGAUGCCGAGUGCCAUGCACAUGUAUGCCAGAGCGGCGAUGGCCGUGAUGCCCGCACUCACGUAAUGGAACUUGCGCAUCUCAAUGUCGUAUCCGGCGCUCUGGCUGAUGAAGUAGAGGGUCGACAGGGCCAUGCACACGAAGGCCACCCACAGCACCGCCACACCGAAUGUCGUCGGCGUUGAGGCGGCGUAUGCGCCUCCGCUCGUGGGGGUGGCCGUGGCCUCCGUGGUCAACAGAUUAGUAGGAGGAGGAGAGCGCUGACCACAGACAAGGGAGAAGGGGAGAAAUCUGCACUUGCUGUAUGCUGUUCGUUCCGUGUUGGUUUGUGCCGCCGACCUGUUGGUUAGUGAAGAAUGGGAAAGGUGGCUGUUGCGGCUGCUCAGGCUGCUCGCGCUGUUGACGCUGCAGACACACACACGUAUGCCCAUGCAAUUGACUCAUGAUAGCAGCCUGUCGUUCCAUCUCUCACCUGAGAGUCCUGUCCCUGGGCCUUUUGCGUCGGCUGUUGGGGCUGCUGUGGUUGCUGUGAAUAGCACGCGCACAGCACAGCACAGGGAGAGACACUCAUCACAAUCAUGUGUGUCGCAUGCAUGGCAUCCCUCCUCAUAAGUUUUCACCUGUGGCUGCGGCUCCUGCGGCUUCUGCGGUGUCUGCGGCUCCUGAGGCUGCUGAGGCUCUUGCUGCACUUGUGGCUGCUGUGCCUGCUCGCCCCGCAUGCUCUUGCCGCCCUUGGCGUCGGUCUCAUUCUUGCUCACGUCCUCGGCACGGGUCACGGCGACGAGCGCCAGCAGGACGCAAACAACCACGGACGAGCGCAUGGCGUGCAGGAGGUGCUGGCG